AUGUACCACCAGGUACGAAGAAGCCGACCUAGGUACGUUCUCGGCCACCCGGUGAAGAGCUCGGCUGAUCCGCGUGACCGCGUAGACGACAUCGCUGCCAAGGAACCCGGAGAGCAAGCUUACCUUCGAGCGCUCCUGGACGCGCCUUUUGUGUUCGGUCAAGAGUGGAAACAGACUAGCAUUGAUGGUCCUCCGCAGAUUGAAGAUGUAGUGCAAGUUUGUAUGCCACGCGAAUACACGACUAAUCCGUCGCAGGAGGUCCUUCGGACGCGUCUGGGAAAGGUCCUGAUAGCGCACUGUCGGGGAAUCCGUCUGGACCCUUACAAUCCAAAGAUGUGGAUCGAUCGGGGCCGUCACUUUAGGGAGCUCGGUUACGGAGAGCUCGCGGUUUCAGAUGCAUACAAAGGCCGUCUUCUGCUAGACUCCUUUCUAGGUGUCUUCGACACCAAAGAUGUAUAUUGGGACCUUGACAAGGACAGCUUACCGUGCAAGGUCAGCGCUGCUCUGGCAGGCAUUAUUGGGAAAUUAGACACAGGAGUUACUAGACAAUGUGAUGCCGGUAACGUCUCCAUUGCCAAAUCGCUGCAGCAGCAGGCUUUCCUGGUCAUGGCUUCGGCUCUGCUCUGUGUCAGAGCAUACCACGACGCGAUUCAGGUCCUCGAUGAGGCGGUAGUGCUCGGCGGUACGUCCGAAGAAUUACAGAAACUAUGCUCGCAGGCGAAAGAAAGAUCAAGAUCUAUGGAGCAGCCGAUUCCGGCUCGGGACCAAAAGCCGGGGUACAUGCAACGAUCAACCAAACAAGGUGGCGUUCAACGAGUCGCUUACCCUUGGAUCAAUCCUGAGGAACUUGGACGCGGAAACAAAGCAAUGAAGAAAGCCAAAACCAAAUUUGAGGCAGCUUCGAGAAACGCCACGCUGGGCCCAAGCUCUCUGGGCGGCACAACAAGCGAUAACCUUGGUGUUUUUGCUCGGCAGGAUAUUACACGAGAUGAACUAAUCGUGACGGAUAGGUCGGCCUUCACUGUUUUCAAUGUUCAGGGUAAGGAUGACUGCUGGGCUUGCUCUAAGCCAGUUAGCCGUGAGAUUGUCUUUAUGAAUUGUUGCAAAAACAAGUUUUGCAGCGAAUCAUGUAAGACCGAAGCCGUCAACACUUACCAUCGGGUUCUAUGUGAUAAAGACUUUGAGUGGCUUUAUCGUGCUAGCAAAGAUGCAGACCAGUCCUCUAAUGACAUGGUCCCGCUUAUGUUGAUGAAGAUACUGGCCACGGCUGUACAACAAAAUGCAAAACCCCUCAAAGGUACGUCUUUUCAGAGUCCGAACUUUACUUUCCCACUUGGAGCUCUAGCCAUGAGAGGCAUCAGAUCAGCGCGUACUCCAAGGGCGGAGCUCAAAGCUUGA